AUGACCAGCUUCCAGGAGGACACUGUCACCUCCACUCAGGGCAAGGCCACAGAGAGUCCAGAGGAUGAUCUUGAGGCCCAGGAGAAACUCGAUCACUUUCCUGAUGACUUCAAUCAGCUGGAACUUCUGGAAACCCACAGACACUUGAUUCCAACAGGAACCCAGAGCCAUUGGCCUGGAGAGUCUGAUGACGACGAUGAGGAGAAGACUGAGGAAUGGUACGAGAUGCAGGAGGCCCAGCUGCAAAAUAAUCCUAGAGACUUGCUGCUGUUUGCUGCAGAAAAUAACAGGCUGGCAACCGUCCAGAGAGUUCUUGCAGCCCACCCAGAUUUUGUGAACGUAACUGAUGAAGAUCUGUAUACCCCACUGCACAGAGCCUCCUACAACGGUCACCUAGAUGUGGUACGGGAGCUGAUUGCAAAGGGGGCAAACAUACAUGCCGUCACACUGGAUGGAUGGACCCCACUGCACAGCGCUUGCAAAUGGAAUAACACCGCUAUUGCAUCUUUCCUAUUGCAGCAUGGCGCAGAUAUCAACGCACAAACUGAGGGCUUUCUGACCCCUUUACAUCUAGCUGCGGCCAACAGAGAUAGUCGCCAGAUCUUGGAGCUUCUUCUCAUGAACCGCUACCUCAACCCUCAUCUAACUAACAAAGUGGGAGAAACGGCUCAAGAGAUUGCCCGCCGGACCGACGUGUUUCACUACCUCUUUGAAAUGACAGAAUAUUGGACUUAA